CAACCUAAUGCAAGAUAACAGCUGAAAACCAAAACAUAUCCUCAAUACUUAAGCACGAUAUAAAAGCGAGACUAAUUUAAUAAUAAAUCAAUAGUCAAUUGUGAGGACAAGUGAAAGAGAGUAAAAAUGAAAUUCGCCGUAUUUGCUUUAAUUGUUGGUUUGUGCGUGGUGGCAGUUACUGCCAAUGCUUCUGGAGAUUUUGGUUUGGAAUAUGAAAAUGUUCAAGACUAUGAAUAUGUUGCUCAGGAGUUAGCUGAAGAAAUUAUGGAAAUUGAACCCCAAGGUCUAUUCUCUGGCAUGUACUUUGUGUUAAAGAAAGUUCUAAGGACUCUCAAGGGUCUCAAUUGCACCAUUAAGGAAGUUAUCGUUAUACGUGGAGCUGCCAUCAAAUUUGUCGAUGAUGUUAAAGCUUGUGGUGGUGAAGUAUCCGCAAAGGUACAAAAUCUUAUUAAUGCCUGUAAUGACAUUAUCGAAACCUGCAAAGAUAUUUUGGGUAUUAACGAAUCGGUUUGUGGUAACACUGUCGACGAAGAUGAGGCUUUAUCACGCACUUGGAAUGUUGUUUCUGGUGCCCAAAAUGCUCAUAAAUGUUAUGUUAAGAUGUUCCGUAAACUUCAAACUUUGAAUAAACAAAUUAAACGUGCUGUUAAAUUGAUUAACCAAAUCAAGAAAGUUCCCGGUGAUACCAGCAAAUGUGUAUUGAAUGCUGUUGAUACUUUAGAAGGCUAUUUCAUUGCAUUCCCAUCUAAUAUUAAGACUUGCUCUAAAUUGGUUAAUAAUAAGAAUUAAACAAUUGAGAUUUUGUUAUCAGGGAUACAAUUUAUUUUGAAUGUAAUUAAAGUAUUUCAUGUAAAUUAAUAAUAAAUAAAAAGUAAAGCAAUUAA